UAGUGUGCRUGAUCUGUUAUUGGCAGGUGAAGGAGGGGCUGCGUUGCUGACAUAGGCACAUAAACAAAAAGCUGUAGUGUGAGCACAUCUGAAUAAAUACUCCUUCACUGUGCUGUUUAUUCCCCUUCAUUGUAAUUUCAGYAUUAGUAGGACAAAAAAACCUGUCCCAACGUUUCAGGAAGGAUUUAAUAUUCUUAGUCUGCAGUGCAAAAUCCUGACUGUUACAUUUUUACUGAUACCUUUCAGUGUUUUGCAAUAUCCAGCAUCUUUUCUGCAUGCACCUUUCCUUGUGUGUGUGCAAAUUAAUACAAAAAGUGAAGCGGGAUAACGGACUGUAUUAUUUCUCACUAACAGUUUGCAGGCUGAAAUCGUCGGUYAGCUUCCUUACUCGAUCAGAUCGACCAAAUCUAGCUUACCAUAAACUCAAAGGCAGGAAUCCAGGGAUUAUUUUCCUUCCAGGCUUUAAUUCAAACAUGAACGGUCAGAAAGCAAUUGCCCUUGAGGAUUUCUGCAACUCGCUAGGUCAUGCCUUCAUCAGAUUUGACUACACAGGAUGUGGAAAUUCAAAUGGUAACUUCGAGGAGUGCACAAUAGGGAAAUGGAGGAAGGAUGUUCUGUCUAUACUGGAUGAACUUACAGAUGGACCACAGAUCCUGGUGGGCUCCAGCCUAGGGGGAUGGCUGAUGCUUCAUGCUGCCAUGGCGCGCCCGGAUAAAGUAGCUGCUCUAGUUGGAGUGGCUGUAGCAGCAGAUCACCUCGUAACAACUUUUAACAGGCUUCCCAUCGAGACACAGAAAGAAAUCGAAGAUAAAGGCGAGUGGAAGUUUCCAACAAAGCACAGUGAGGAAGGCUACUACACUCUCACGUACGACUUCAUUAGAGAAGCAGAAAACCACUGCGUGUUGAAUAGCCCUAUUCCCAUCACGUGCCCCGUAAGACUCAUCCACGGCAUGAAGGACGAGGACGUCCCGUGGCAGAUCUCGCUGCAGGUGGCGAAUCGGGUUCUGAGCAGGGACGUGGAUGUGAUCCUGCGCAAAGGCGGCCGCCACCGCCUGAGCGAGAAGGAGGACACCAAGCUGCUCGUCAACACCGUGGACGACCUCAUUGACAAGCUGAGCACAGCGACCUAAGCCCUGCCAUCACGGAAUCCACGGCCUCUGCAGCCGACCCGUUCCCAAAAGUAGCGGAAACCCUGUUCUCUAGGAGAUGAUGCCAGGGUUGUGGCUGUCACAGUAGGAACUGAAGCUUCUACCUGCUGUUCCUUACCUCUGUCUUGUAAAUACAGGUGUUUUUAUUGACGCUGCAUUUGCACAGAUAGUUCCAAGUGUGAAGGGAGUGCUGCUGUUUGUUCCGAAAUCUCUCCUUCACCACUUAGACCUUUUUUUUAUGAGCUUCCUACACUGUUUUCUACUGAAACAUUUACCUUCCUGAUUUUGUGCCACUGGUUCCUUUUGUUACUGCUUGACCUGUACAAUACAACUUAAUUUUUCUCAUUUCUUUGGCACCUUUACUGCCCUGUGCUUUUGUCUGAAACCCUUCUGUGAAAGCCAAAAUACAACAAAAGUGUUUAGCAAAGUUAUUAGCRUUAGAAAGAGAAUAUAUAAACAUGAAGCGUAAUAAACAGGUUUCAAAUGAAAUGAUGAUAGUGUCCUUAAAUAGUGUUAAAAUUGUCAAAUUAAAUUGUAAAGCCCUGAUAGUGUGCCUGGCGUGCUGGCUGAGGAUUUGGGAUUUGUUCAGAGGAUGAGCACUGUGUUCUACAGAGYCGAAUACCCAGAGGCCUGUUACGUGACUCCCAACAUGCACGGGAGUCCCGCUGUUGCUGUCUUAAGAGUCUGAAAGUCUCAGUGCCUCGGAGUGYGAAUUUAGCUUCCCUGUAUAUUUUUACAAGUGGGAUUUACGUCCUUUUCUCCAGGCUACCUUGGCAUAGUGUUUAACUAGUGAGACUUAUUAAGGAAAUAAUAUAUAAUCUUAGUGUAACGCAACUGAAGUUGGAUCRGUUCUGUAACUGUUUACUUCUAUAGCAAGUGCUUCAAAGUGAGGAGUACAAGAGCAUAUGGACUCCGUGCCUCUCUCCAGCAUGUGGAUUGCCAGGAGGAUUGUCAGUCUUCUGGAGUUAGCGUGAGGAGCACAACUGCAAACGUGAGCAGCUAUUAACUGAGAGGUAAUAGUUGGAUAGUUCUUGAAACAUAAAUCACUUCAGAAUUUAAUACUUUGUGGAUUUAAUUGCAAAGGGCACUAUUACUUAUCCUUUUCCAAAAGUAAGGCGUCAUCCACACUGUUGGAAUAGACAUCAAAACUUAGGUGAAAUAAGUCCUGUUUGCCUCAAAGUGAAGCCUCAGUCAGAAACAUUUGCUAGUUCCUGGCUUCGCUCUUUGAAGUAUGAAGUAGCAUCACUAUUCAUACCCAGAAAAUUAAGGCUUCUAGGGACAAGGUAUUUCUAUAGGAUUUGUCUUUUUCAUUGUUAGCAUUCUCAGUAGAAAUUCCUUGUACGGAGCUUUGCCAAGGUAGUCAUUAAAUAAAAAAUACAAGAACUGUAUUUCAUAUAUCUUCUUUGGACGUAGGCUUCAGCACUGGAAAAAAAUGAGCUUUGAUGUGAAAUUUUUGCAUCCGAUUGGGAGGAUAAAAAAGAUGGCUCUAGUUCAAAUAAAGUUAUAGUAAAAUUAGAGUAUAGAUGUGACCCUUCUGGUUUAAGUGAACUAGUUUCCCAAUGGAGUAAACUAAGCUCAGGAAUAUCUGUCUUGGGAACUGUCUUAUUCUGUGGAAUGUUGUUUCCGCUUAUUGCUGGUUUCUGAAGGGAGGAGACACUUUUUCGGCCAGCAUGAAUAUGCCAUUCA